CCCUUAGUCACCUGUCAGAUUGAGGACUUACUAGUUGUCAUAUCCAAAUUUUUCUUGCUCAUAAAUCAUGUCGAAAUAUGUGGCUAAAGUGGGCCCAGCGGUUUUCUCCAAGCUGGGGAAAUGGGCCUACAACAUGUCUGGAUUCAACCAGUACGGCCUGUAUCGCGAUGACUGUCUCUACGAGAAUGAGGAUGUGGCAGAGGCAGUGCGUCGUCUGCCCCGCAAACUGUACGAUGAGCGCAACUACCGCAUUCUGCGGGCACUGCACCUUUCCAUGACCAAGACGAUCCUGCCCAAGGAGCAGUGGACCAAGUACGAGGAGGACAUCAAGUACCUGGAACCCUAUCUCAGCGAGGUGCAGAAGGAGCGCGAGGAGCGUGAGCAGUGGAACAAAACCCAUUGAUCUGCAGAGUUUGAACGUUACAAUGAAUUUCAUAACCAGAAAUAAAAGGGAGUUUUAAUAAUCCAACUUUAA